AUGCUGUUGAAGCUUGGUGACGUGGCUGGUGCAUUCCGCCAUGUAUCGAUCAACGCAGAGGUAGUACACAUGUUCUGCUUCCGGAAUAAGGACGUUCUGGUGAUCGAGCUCGCCUGCGGGUUUGGGUGCGAAGGCUCCCCACUGCAGCACGAGAUGACUUACGAUGGUUUCGCGCCGUCCUUCAUCUUCCGGAGCGCUUUAACUCCAUACCUGUAG